AAAAGAAGUCAGCUGUACCGUUACCUAACCGAUCUCUGUUAUUUGUUUACAUUUUCCUAGAAGCUGAACCUUGUCUCAUAUUAGAGGUUCAUACUUCAGAGGCAUUCCAGGCAUCACUUCGGGAAACUGAAAGUUUUCGGUUUAUCGCAUUUCAUAAAGUGUCUCACUCACCAAGGACAAGAUGGGGAAGGCAGAGAAAGGAACACCAAAAGACCUGGCCAAUAAGAUGAAGGCCAAGGGUCUCCAGAAAUUGCGGUGGUACUGUCAGAUGUGUCUGAAACAAUGUCGUGAUGAAAAUGGAUUUAAGUGCCACACCAUGUCCGAAAGUCACCAACGGCAGCUCCUCCUUUUUGCUGAAGAUCCUGACAAGUACCUGGACAGCUUCUCAGAAGAGUUCCUUGAGGGAUAUGAAAGCCUUCUGAAGAGAAGGUUUGGCACAAAGAGAGUCCAUGCCAAUAAUGUGUACCAAGAAUACAUCCAAGACAGAGACCAUGUGCACAUGAACGCCACAAAAUGGGAAACUCUUACUGAUUUUGUCAAGUGGCUGGGGCGAGAAGGACGCUGCCUUGUGGAUGAAACUGAAAAGGGAUGGUAUGUGGCAUACAUCGACAGGGAUCCUGAGACCAUCCGAAGACAGAAACAAAUGGAGAAACGUGAGAAAUUUGAGAAAGAUGAGGAGGAAAGAAUGCAAGAGUUUAUCAACCGACAAAUUGAGCUUGGUCGGGCUAAGCAGGGUGAAGGAGAAAAGGAAUACAAGGAAUUGCAACGAGAGAAUGAAGAUGAAGUGAUAUCCUUAGAUAUGAAGCUUCCCUGCUCAUCUAAGUCACUAAAGGGAAGUAGCCUCAACAAAAAUAUUUUAAUGGCAGAAACAAAAAGCAAGCCAAAGGUAGAGGAGAAAGUCAGAAAAGAAACAAAGAAGAGAACAGCUCUUGAUGAUAUCAUGAAAGAGGAAAUGGAGAGUAAAAAAGUAAAGGAACAAAUAGCAGCCAAAAAAAACAAAGUUGAAAAAGAAGGAAAGGCUGAGAAACCUUGGUUAGCAAAAGGAAUUGUUGUUAAAAUCAUUACAGAAGAACUAGGCUCCAAAUAUUAUAGAGCCAAAGGAGUUGUUCGAGAUGUGAUUGAUGGCUAUGCCGCAAUAGUGAAGUUAUUAGAUUCUGGCGCAAAGAUUAAGCUUGAUCAAAUGGCUUUAGAGACUGUAAUCCCCUCACUUAAAAGGAAAGUACUGAUUCUUGUUGGCAAACACCGUAAGAGAGAAGCCGUGCUUGAAAGCCUCCAGGAGGACUCUUUUAGUGCCACACUAGUUUUGGAUGAUGGACAGACAUUAACAAAUAUCCCUUAUGAACAUUUUAGUAAAUUAUACACUUCCUGAUCAGCAGGAGAGGAUUUUGUAUCUUGGUCUGUAUAUGCUUGCAGAUUAGAACUCAUAGGAUUGGUAAAUCUAUAUUUUUUAUUCAGCAUAAAGUUGCUCUUAAUGUAAGAAAUGAAAAUUAUUUGUAAAUAAAGGAUUAUAAUGAUUUCAUGGCAAUAUUGACUAACUUGUGAAAUUGCCUAUUACAAGUACAAUUUUGUAAUAUAUACUUCAAAAUGUUUUUUAGAAUUUUAUUUUAGCAUAUUUUUACCCACAAUAUGAAAAUUGGAAGUGACAAAUAGUAUUGUAAAUUAUUCACUCUUACUGAUUAGUGAAUUAUGAUGGCUUGAUCCACUUUACUUAAGAGAUACUAGAUGAACAUUUAGAUGAUCAGUUCUUACUAAAACAUUGAAAAAGGCAUGAAUGAGAAUAAAAAAAUCAACAGUCCAAUAUAGUUUAAAUGAUAUUUUGAUAUUAUGUUCAUAUGAUUAGAUGUAUAAGAUGUUAUAAUAUCAUAGUCUCAUUUCCUUGAUUUAUUAAUUCUCAUUCAUACAUUCUUUGCAUGUGAGAGAAUGUGUUUUUUCUUCAGAAAAUAAAGAUGAAAAGAAAGUUA